GCCCCGACACCCUGAAGCCCGCUCACCCCGAAGGCGGGAGCCCGGGGCAGGGUGACCGGGCGGGAGAUGGCCAGGUACUUGGUGAGUCGCUCGGACGUGCAUCAGUUUAUUGAACGCUGCACGAAAGUAGUGGGAGCCCAGAGCAGCCAUGCCUCAGCAUUGGCUGAUGUCUUGGUAGAGGGAGAUUAUCGAGGGCAUUACAGCCAUGGACUCAACAGGCUUGAUAUAUAUUUGAAAGACCUGAAGACUGGAAUCUGUGCCAAGGAUGGAGAACCUUUAAUUGACAAGUCAACAGUGGCUACAGCACUGGUCAAUGGCAAUAACCUGAUAGGGCCUGUGGUAGGCAAUUUUUGCAUGGAUCUGGCUAUUAAAAAAGCCAAAGAUGUGGGAAUCGGAUGGGUGACAGCUUAUGGAUCUAAUCACUAUGGCAUUGCAGGAUUUUAUUCAAUGCAAGCACUAAAACACGGUUUAAUUGGAAUGACUUGCACUAAUACCUCUCCAGUAGUAGUGCCAACCAGAGCAACCAAGUGCACUCUGGGCACCAAUCCUAUUAGUGUUGCUGCUCCAGCCCUGAAUGGUGACAGCUUUGUGCUGGACAUGGCUACAUCAGCGGUGGCCCUAGGAAAGAUAGAAGUGCAGCAAAGACGUGGAGAGAAGGUUCCAAAAGGAUGGGGCUGCAAUUCCAAAGGCAAAGAUACCACUGAUCCAACAGAGAUUCUGAAGGGUGGAGGGCUACUGCCUCUGGGAGGAGCUGAGACCACAAGUGGUUAUAAAGGAUACGGACUGAGUCUGAUGGUGGAAGUAUUCUGUGGCAUGCUGUCAGGAUCUCAAUACAGUAAAAACAUUCGUCCCUGGAAGGAUACCAACAAGGUUGCCAAUCUGGGACAAUGUUUCGUUGCCAUAAAUCCAAAUUGCUUUGCUUCAGGUUUUGAGGAAAGAAUGUCAGACUUACUUAAGAUACACAGAACACUGGAACAAAGUGAACCUGGCCUUUCUGUCCUGACCCCUGGAGACCCAGAAACCCUACACAUCAGAGAAUGUGAACAUCAAGGUGGCAUUCCCUAUCACGUCAAUGUUGUCGAUUUCAUGAACUCUGUUGCAAAGGAUCUUGGAGUUAAUCUGAUCCCAACCAAUCAUACAAUCGAUCCCUGA